AUGGGCAAAAAUGGAUGACAUCACACGUAUAUUCAAGACCGAAUAUAGGACUGACAUCUCAGACUAUGUCCAUCUACACUGGAAGGAUGAUGAUUUCUUUGGCUACCAGUUUCUUAAUGGGGUCAAUCCCAUGAUGAUCAGACGCUGUGACACCCUGCCAGAUAACCUUCCUCUCACUGACAAUAUGGUCUUCCUGCAUGGUCAGUGCAGCUUGGCUGAGGAGAUGAAGAAUGGAAACAUAUUCCUGUGCGACUACAAGAUUUUGGAUGGUAUACAAACAAAUGUCAUCAAUGGGAAGAAGCAAUACCUUAUGGCUCCAGUGGUGCUGUUCCAAAAAACUGAGAACAAAAUGAUGCCAAUUGCUAUUCAGCUGAAGCAAAAACCAGCCGAAGACAACCCAAUCUUCUUUCCUACUGAUUCUAAGUACGACUGGCUGCUGGCAAAGAUCUUUGUGAGAAGCGCAGAUUUCAAUGUGCAUCAGCUCAACACUCACCUGCUACGCACUCACCUGCUAGCUGAGGUGUUUGCUGUGUCGCUGCUGCGGAAUGUGCCCAUGGUGCAUCCACUGUACAAGCUUCUUGUGCCCCACACUCGCUACACUUUGUAUAUCAAUGUGUUGGCCCGACUGAGACUGAUAUCACCUGAUGGGGUUUUCAAUCAAUUUGCUGCUUCUGGUGGAAAAAGCAAAGGAAUGUUUAAAAUCCUGAGGAGAUCUCUGUCCUCAAUGACAUACACCUCCCUCUGUAUACCUGAUGACAUUGCUGAGCGUGGGCUGGAGAACGUCCCCAACUUCUACUACAAGGAUGAUGGCAUUGAAAUUUGGAAGACUAUCCACAGGUUUGUCAAGGGAAUCCUCAGCUUCUACUAUAGGACUAAUUCUGAUGUUGAAAAUGACCCUGAACUGCAGAAGUGGAUCAAAGAAAUCUUUGAGUAUGGGUUCCUUUCGAUGACUAGUACAGGAAUCCCUCAGAAAUUUACCACUGUGGAUGAACUCAUCAAGUUUGUCACCAUGGUGAUCUUCACUGGUUCAGCUCAACAUGCUGCUGUGAACACUGGACAGUAUGACUAUGCUUCCUGGAUGCCAAACACUCCCAUCUCUCUGCAACUUCCUCCACCAACCAAAAAGGGGGUGGCAGAUGAAGACCAAAUGCUGGCAACAUUCCCAGACAUCAACACAACAGUUAAAGGGAUGGACACCCUGUUUUUGCUCAGUCAGCAGUCUACUGACUUUGUCCCUCUUGGCCAAUAUCCUGAGGAACACUUCACUGAGGAUUUUCCCCACAAGAAGAUAGAGGAAUUCCAAAGAGAACUAAAAGCACUGAGUAAUCUCAUCAAUGCCAGAAACAAGACACUGGAAGUACCUUACACAUACUUGGAUCCUAUGAAAGUAGAGAACAGUGUGUCCAUCUGAAUAAUAAAAGAUGGAGCAUCUCAACUUUUCACCAAAUUCAGGUCCAGAAAUAUUAGAGCUAAAAAAGUAAAUAAAAGAAGUUUAAUGACUAUGUAAACUUUGUUCUCUUACUGUUAUACUUUAAAUCUUGUUUGCUGUGUGGUCCUCUAACUAAAAUGUAGAACUGUAAUGUGAAGGCUUUUAGUUUAAUUUUAAUCUUUGAGUGAAAUUAAAAAUAAUUAAAUUUUUUUAAUCAAAGAAAGAUUUAAGCUGUAAUCAAUUAAUUUCACGCACACAAAUCUUAUAAUUUACCCUCAUGUACUUUUUAGAUAUUCAAGCAUUGUGAAUAAACUGUUUAACUGGAUCAAUAAAUUUUCUUGGUAGAAAAGUUUUGUUUUGGGUUUUUUCCUAAACAAAAAGAUAAAUGUAUUUUUUUAACAAAAGCAGUAAUACAGUUAGAAAGUUAUUUUCAUCAAUCAAGCCACAUUCAGAUGCCAACAAUUGAGAUAGCUAAUAGUGGUGUGACCAUAGACCCUGAUUAUGGUAUAAAGAGUGACAGUAAAUUAGAUCAAAUAUUGCUCACCUAUAUGUUUAACAUAUAUUUCAAAAACUAAUUCAGAUUUCAUUCAUUUUACCUUUCCUGUACAUAUAUUCAAUCAGUUGAGAGAAACA